GGGGAGGGAAAUAUCUCUUUGGUUGUGGGGUCAGAUUGUAGGAGGCGGAGGUGGUCAGGAUCUAAAAUUAUUUAACUCAAUAUUGGACCCAGCGAGCUGCAGGCCCCCGGCGGAUAACGAGGCUCAGUUUUUCCAGCUUGUACCGGAGCAGCGCAGGAAGCCUGCACAGAGAUGUUGGCCAGAGCCUCUUGUCUCAACCUGCGGCUCGCUGUUUUUCAGACUGAAAACAUUUCGAACCACGAGGUGUUUCUGUGAUUUUGGAAGGAUUUUUAUUUCGAUUGCUUCCCCUUCUAACUUUUGACAGUGUACCGCCACUGGAAACCAUGGUAACAGAUGGUACCCGUGACGUCAGAGCAAGAUGGCAGCGCCCACGAAGCCGGACGGAGGCCUGGGCCUGCCUUGGGACCAGGCCCCGGUCUUUAUUUACUCCGAGGAAGACCUGAUCUGGAACGGGGUCCAACGGGGUGGCUCGGGCUCCCGCUUCGACGCGGCUCUGCUGUCGGCCUGGGAGGAGCGGUUGUCCAGCGGCUGCUUCCGUUACCGCCUGCCGCGCCGGGGACCCCCCACCCGCGUCCUGCCGGGGCCCCGGGGCCUGGUAGCGCAGCUCAACCCCGAGCGGGCCCGUGAGCGGCGGCCACCGCAGGAGAUCCUCAGCGUCCGGCAGCCCUUCGAUCCGCAGCGGUUCAACUUCACCCGCAUCCCGGCCCGGGAGGUGCUGUUCCGCCUCCGGAAGCGGGAUCUUGGAGAGGCUGGGGAUGAGGCCGAGGCCUUGUUGGUCAUCAAUGUCAGCCCCUUGGAGUGGGGUCACGUCCUGCUUCUGCCUGAACCGGCCCGUCGCCUGCCGCAGAUCCUCACCCAGGGCUCAGUGCUGAGGGCUCUGGAGCUUCUCUUCCUGAGCUCGGAUCCCAGCUUCCGCGUCGGCUUCAACAGCCUGGGCGCCGAGGCCUCUGUCAACCAUCUCCACCUGCACGGCUACUACCUGGACCAGCGCCUGGAGAUAGAGUGGGCAACCACCCGUCCUCUACUGGAGCCCGGGGCCCCAGCCUCGGCCCGUUUUCUCCCUGUCCAUCUGCUGUCCGAGCACCCGGCCGGCGGCUUGGUCCUCUACACAGACUGCGGUGAUGGAGGCCUGGCCCGGGCUGCCCUCACUCUCCAUGCCCUGACCGGCCUCUUCAUCCGCCGUUCCCUGGCCCACAACCUCUUUCUGACCCGGGGAUGCCCGCUCGGCACUCCGCCACCUGGCCAAACCUCCUCCUCUUUGGAGCAUGACGGCGCCCGGAUCAUCCUCUGGCCACGCCGCAGCUGUUUCGGGGCCAAGGAUCCUACGGCCUUCACCGUGGCUCUGUGUGAACUAGCUGGCCACUGGCCCCUCAAAACCCCGCAGGAGUACAGCAGCCUGACCGAGGAGGAGGCGCUGGGAAUGGUCCGCAGACACGCACUACCCGAGAAGGAAUACUCCCAGCUCCUCUUAGAGAUAACCCAACUCCUCCAGGAUAAUCACCAAGAGGAGCAAUAGGCCAUUCAACCCCUGAAAUCUGCUCCUAACCCCAAAGAUGUGGUUAAAGCCUCAACUGCCAUUUGCCAAAUUUCUCUCUUUGUCACAGUCGUAUUGUGUCUGCCUCUAGUAUUCCAGAGACCUGAUGUUCUGGGGACAUGGAAGCGAAUUCCACUUAAGCAAAUUUACAUUCAAUUUAAAAAUUCUGAAAGAAAUAGAAUAGACUGAUAACAACCAGACAACCAUUGUUAAUUGUUUUAAAACCCCACUUGAUUCACACUUAUCCUUUAGGGAAGGAAUCUCAGCCGUCCUUGCCUCAUCUAGCCUCCACUUGACUCUCGAUCCACACGAUGUGGUUAACUGUUAAUUGUCUGUGCACAAGAUAUCCACCCUCCAGGAAUAAGUACAUUUCUGCAUCAAUGCAGUAAAAGCAGAGCUAAUCCAGCUGCUGCUAUUAACCCCCAUCAUUUCACCUGUUCUCGUCUGUAUGUAUUCUCUACUACCAUUAACACUCUCUUUGCCUUUGUUUUGUGGCAGCUUUCCCAUCUGUUCCACUUGCCCUUCCACCUGCCCCCAAAGAGCAUAUAAAAUCAUAUCAGGCUUGAAAGUGAACUCUUUCCCUUCUACAGAUAUUUCCAACACAUUUUAUUUAAAAUAUUAAAUUGCUCCAUACCUCCACCACUCUGUGGCAAGAGAUUUCCAUGAACCCAUAAUUGAAAAAAAAAGUUCUCCUGAUCCAUGACUUGAAUGAGAGACCUCUAAUCUUUAAACUGCAUUCCCUGGUCUUUCCUUUAAGGGGGAAACUUCCUCACAACAUUCACCAUCUCAAGUCCCCUUGAGACGUUUGUGUGUUUCGGUAAAACUUGAGAGUCUGAAAUGACCAAUUCCUUGCUACUCGCAAGAUGCUGCUCAUUCUUCAUAACCCCAACGGAUAUGGGUCCAAAUUGACGUCGUAAGUUGCUUCAAGUCAGAAAAGACUUGUGAACUUUUCUGAACUGCUUGUGUAUUGAUAUCCUUUCUUAAAUAAAGAGUACUUUAUCUACACAGUGUUGUAGAUGUGGUCUCACCAAUGCCCUGUUGACCAUCACAGAAUCCAGUAUUCCUUUUUGAUUUCUUAAGUACUCAUUACAAUUCCUUUGUGCUGGUAAGCUAAAUAGCAAAACUGAUGCUGGAUGUUCACAUGUGCACAACUUACGUUUAUCUUUAAUUUAUAUGUAUUAUACUUGAGUUCAGGAAUGGAAUGUGCCACUUUCUUAAAUGUUUACCAAGACAGAAGCUUGCUGUUAGGGGGUUUUGAUCUGUGUGGUGAUUUCUUUUGGCAAAGACAUGCAUGCGGACACCCUAUGACAGCUAGCUGAGCUCAGCACAGCAAUGACACUACUCUCCCAUUGAUGAGCAGCCUUGUGAUACACUUGAAACUCCAGCUUGAGUGGUCAAUGAAGCACAGUCAGAAACUGGGAAAUGAAUCCCAUUAUAAAUUGAUAUCUUCAGAGGGCAAGGAAUGGAAUUCUGUAUUUGAGGCCAUGAUCAGUCUGCUCCCUGUGUAACACCUUUGUCAGACUCAAAACCUAUUUCACUAUUGAGAAACAUUUGGAUUUGGAGAACUCUGCUUUUCCAAAGAGACAUCAACAUUGGAAAAGUACAUGAGUGUUGAAAAGAAUAGGCAGUUAAAUGAGUUUGGGUAAAUGGCUCCAGUGGUAUUGACGGCCACAAGUACUGACAUUUCAAAGAAAUAUUGAUUGAAGAUGACGACGAAAACGUUUUGGAACUUACACUGCCUCUGUGAAAUUAUGAUGUGCAAGCUGAAGAAUUGACCACUGUUUUCAGAAGCAAUUAAUCAUUCUUCCUAACUUCUGGAGAGCUCGGGGAGCUCUAUGUCAGCCUCCUUCCUUUUAUAAAAGGGACUGAGCAACUGUAUAUUUCAUUAAAUCAGCAAUUUCUGUUUGGUGUUUGUUAGAUAAAGUUCAUGUAAUGUGGACACAGCAAUGAUGGAUGAUUAGAAUAAAAAUUCCCAGGUGAAGGCGUUCAAAUAUGGGAUACAUUACACAAGUGGGGCCUUUAAAGAAAGACUGACAUUUCAAUGGAGCCUUCUACCAUAUUAGGAUAUUGUAAAGUAUUUUACAGCCAAUUUGAAUACUUUUGAAAUGUGUGGGCAUUGUUAUAAUGAUAGAAGCACAGCUGCUUAUUUGCACACAAAGUGCCCAGAAACAGCUGGAUCAUGUGUGUUUGUGAUGUUUGAGUAUUAAAUACUGUCAUGGUUCCUCGGGUGAACUUCUCUUGUUCCAGUAGUGACUGCAGAAAGAACAGACAGAAUUUUGAUUUAAACUGUAAUCCAAAAAGGGCAAGGUGUCUACAAAAACUUUAAAGUGAAACUGGAUUAAGACUUGAAACAUGUUAAAUCAAAAUGUAUGGAAUAGGUUGAACUGGAUAUGUCUAAUUGCACUUCUAUGUAUAUAAAAUAACUUGCAUGAAUUGG